CCCAAACCGACAGACACCUAGUACUAGUACCGAUCCUAUCCAACCGCCGUCACGUAGAGCACGUACAGGUCCCCAAGCUAGCCAAGCCAAAGCCACCCAACGUGCAAAGUUGAGCUUUGCACGACCAUGCAGUUCGUUUCCCCCACCCCCACCCAAACCGCGACGGCUGUGCCUGUGCGCCCAUCGUUGCGUGCCGUCCCGCGCUCGCUCGCUUCGGCGGAAAGGCUUCGGAUGGGCCGUGCAGCGACAUGCACCACGGCACUCCGCGCGCAGUGCGGUGGCCGGGCGGAACCGGUGGAGGCGCGCAAGGACGGCGAGCCCGUGUCUCACGAGCGGGUCCAAGAGGAGGACGAGGUGGAGCAGCUGGAGUUGCUGGAGGACGAGGCCAUGGCCGGGGAAGACGAGGGCCGUAGCCCCACGGACUACGGCCGCCGCGCGCACAUCUUCGAGGAGAGCUCCCGGGUGUUCCGGGCCCUCAAGGAGCGCCGUGACGGGGACGGCGGUGCCAAGCCCGGUGCUGCCGCGACGCGCCACGGCUGAAACGAACACGCCCCACUCCCUCAGAGGACACGUCGCUCCCAUAACUUCCUAACAUCACGUUUUUCUCAUGUAUUACUAUGUAUCUAGGCCGAUCACUGUAUGGAGGUUUCUUUCACGCCAUCGAUCUGGUAGAAUGAAUAUCAUCUCUGAAAAAGAUGGACGCGAUCAACUGUACACGCCGAGGAAGCUGCUCAAUAGUACACGGUACACCAAGCGUGAGUUAGAUAGCCUACCGAACUCAAAACUCUCGCUAUGCGUGUACAGUGUUGCAUAAUUUUGCCUCCGUCUCGGAAAGAAACGAGACACUCCAAUAGCAUCGCCUCUUUGCCUCUCAAUGCUUUAUGAAAAUGAAAAAGAUCACCGUAAUGCAA